UUCCCUUGCUCAAAACCAAGACGGCCGUCGUACUAUUACUUUGCAAGCCGCAAUGUCCAGCUCGGGACGCGCCAUCCGCAGUUUCCUGCUAAUGUCACCCAUUUCCGCUCAAACUCAAGAUCCAAUCAAAACUGAGCUGAUGACGAGUCCCUGGGCUCUGACUUACUGAGCCAAGUUGUGGAGAGCCCAGCCCUGUUAUAAAACGCUUUGAGCUCCGCCAGCGUCAAUGUUAUGUUCCGACCGUGACGUCACCUCACAUCGCCCACGGGAGUAAAAAUGGGAGCUGUUGACGCCGAUCUGCACUUCACUCUUCCCUCACACCAUCGCGCGCAAAAGCCUCCCUCCUAAUCUCUCUCAUCUGCAUGGCAUACAACUACUAUCGGCAAAAUACGCCGGAUUGGGGCACAAGUCAGCUCCAGUUUGGCAGGCCGCCUGCCCCCACCUUUCAGCCUCAGCCGAACUGGGGUGGGAUGGACUACUACAACGCGCAUGCGGUGAACCCCGAAACAUCUAUGUAUGAUCACGCCUGGGGCCGCGUCCGAUCGCAUGCUGGCUCUGCUCUCGAGCUCGGAGUGGGCAAGCAUGAAGCCCGGCACUGGCAUCGCCGUGCUUACGGGGGGCUGAUGCUCCCGUCUGAUAUCGGUCAUGCGGCUGCGUACGAAGCCUAUCGGACAUGGACCCAUAACAGUUCGCUGUAUGAGCCUCUCAGCAGUGAGAUCGAGAGACAGAGAGAAGGUUUAGUUGGGCUAGCGGUUGCAGAGGCGUCACGCCUUCUGCAGUUUUCUAACCGUGCCUGGGACGCAUAUGCUCGCCGGGAUGCGUCUGAUGCGGCCGCAGCCACUGCAUCUAUCCUGUUCUAUCACUCCCGUGAGAGAGAAGAGGGGGACUAUCACCGCUCUCGUUCUCGGCACCGUAGUGGGUCCUUCUCGGGCUCAUAUGACCCGGACGAAGAUUCGUAUGGGAACGAUUAUCGGUACCCUCGACACAGGUCUCACUCUCACCACCGGUCGAUCUCUCGAUCGCACUCGCCGGUAAUGUCACAAGCUGGCUCCGUGACUGGCUCGAUGGGCGGUGCUCCGAUGUUGGGCGGCCAUUUGACGGCUGCCUCCAUGACAGGCUCUGCCCCCAUCUCGAUUCCGCUACAAGCUGGCUCUGCAGCGUAUGGCGCAUAUGGAAAUAGCUCGCCAUACCCAACGACCGCGACGAUGCCCAUGCAAAUCCAUGGACAAAACUCGUCGUACGGUGUCCCAUAUGCGUCAAGCCAGCAGCCCUACGGCGGCCAGAUGCAGGCCGGGUCUUACGGCGGGAUGUCCUACACCCAGCCUAUGAGCCAACCCUAUGGCGGAGCCCCGGUGGUCAUCCAGACGGGUUCGAGUUCGCAUCAUCACCGGCCCCGCAGCUAUUCGACGUCCGGGUACCAAGUGGCCUAUCCUCAGACGGCUGCCCCGCAGGUCCAAUACAUGCAGCCAGGCUACGGGGGCCAGCUUCAGCCUCAAGCCAUCAUCAUUGGCUCAGGACACCGGAAGCACCGUCACCACAAGAAGAGCAAACGCUCCAAGAGUAUCGAUUAUCCGCGCUACAGCUGAUGAACGAUAAUCAAUACGCUAAUAUCUUCCAACAAUGUAAUUGUACGCAAUAUCUUGUAUGAGUCUUAGAAUCUAGUAAUCUUCUGUGUCGAUCUGAGGGCUGGCUUGAGCAAUCGCGAGACGAUCUGAUCUAAUC